UCCUUUGACUGUAGCAUUUAGUUACCUAGUCGGCUAACUUUUGCAGAUUCAUUUCCUGCGUUUAAAGCUCACAUAGUUUAUGCCUCUGACUCACGUGGGACAUUCAACUUAAGGCCUGCAGCAUCAGCGAAUAAAAGAAAACUAGACGCUGCAAUACAAAGUGCAUCAAUUAUACAACAAGCUGCAGUUGACAACAACCGUCCCCCCCGUGCAUGCACUGGCAUAAUGGGGGAUCGAGAAAGGAAUAUGGAGAGCAAACGGCUGCCGCGAAUGGCAGCUUGUCUGAUGAUGCGAUUCCCUUCUGAGCGAGAAGUUAUCUCGGGGACUGAUAGAGGUCGUUCGUCCCGGCAAACGUCAGGUGACAUGUCGAACUUUGAAAGGCGCACGUUCGAUGAUUCCCUAGUCACUCCAGACCUGGAGCUGGCCAGUGAGGAGCCACGCAUGCUACUGAAGGACAGUUGUCACGAGGUGGACAUGCUCGCAGAUAACUCUGAGGAUGAGGACCCGUGCGAUGGGUGCUCUCUUGACCCCCUGGAUACCCGUUCUCAUGGGGAAAUCGUCAACAGAAGACCGGAGAAGUUGGAAAGCAGCCCCAAGAGGAGUAACAGAACUGGCGCGAGGUACACAGACUGGCACAAACACAGGACAGCUGCCGUUUGCAGCGAGCGUUUUGACCGUUUACUCCAGGAGUGCCCAGAGUUCCACAGCUGCAAAAGCUCCUUUGCUGCCUUUGUGCUGGAGAGAGAAGUGACCGACACAGAAGGGCAGGUCUGUGAGCAGUAUGAGGUGGUUGCCCUGGGAACAGGCCAGUCCAGCUGCAGUGGAUGGAUCUGCUUCAGUGGGCAUGUGGUGCACGACUGCCAUGCCAUUGCCAUUGCCCGCCGAGCCCUGCGGAGGUUUUUGUUCAAGCAACUGCUCCUGUUCUUCAGCGAUGACCCCAGUUGCAAAGAGAGGUCCAUUUAUGAAAGCACAUCUGAUAGCCACCUACUUCAACUGAAGCCAAAAAUCUAUCUGCACCUCUAUACCAACCAAACCCCUAAGGGGGCUGCACAGUGCAUCGUAACGAAGUUGUCCCUCAGCAGCUACACCACCCUGAAGCUGCAGUGCCAUGCCAAGGGCUCCCUCAUCCCCGCCGUGUUCCUGCACCCCAGCACCUGGGGGGCCCGCAUAUGCUGCAUGUCGGACAGCGACAAGCUGACCCGCUGGGCAGUGACUGGGCUGCAGGGUGCUCUCCUGAGCCACUUCAUUCAGCCGCUCUACAUCACCAGUGUCAUCCUCGGAAGCUCCAGCCACUACUCAGAGAAAGUGUCAGAUACCAUCAACAAAAGGCUGGGUGAGGGGUGGCAGAACCAGCUGACUGAUCCAUUCAGACACCAGAAGAUAUUCCUCUUCAGUGGGGGGAAUGUUGGGCCAGUGGUCUGCUCAAACCACUGCAAGGACAUCAGCCUGAACUGGUGCCUGGGUGACACCAGCAUUGAAAUACUGGAUACUACCAAUGGCCACACUACGGAGGGGUCCCCCUUCAUAAGUGGCCCGGGUUUUUCCAGCAGACUGUGCAAAAGGGCUUUCUUCAGCAUCUUUCGAGAAAUCGCCAAGUUGGGGAACCAUCAAGACCUGCUCAGUCUGGCCACCUACCGUGAUGCAAAGAUGUCCUCCCACCUCUACCAGACUGCCAAAACCUUGGUCAAUGAGCAGUUCAUGACAAACAACGCAGGGCCCUGGAACUCCAAGCAGCUGGUGGACAGCUUCGGCCAUUGAUGGGGAAGCAAAAACAGAUCUUUGCCUUAAGUUCAGAAGUCAUUUUUGGCUUCUUCAUACGUUUGUUUUCAUGUAAAUGACUAAUAAGGCUACAUUACUUCCGUUUCAAAUUCAGUAAGCUUUUAGCAGUUUUAGUUUCCAGAAUGGCUGUACUGGUUUGGUUCUUGGUUUCUAUGUGCAAUAGUAUUGUUUUUAUUAAACUUAUUUUUGAGUUGGAAAACUAUUUUUGAGGCCCAAAGUGUCAAGGUGGGAAAAUAAAAGUUGC